AAUUCAUUCGCACAUUUUCAGGGAGAGAACAUUUGCGAUUUGGAGGUAAACAACAGCAGCAUUUAGUAUCGGAAUUCGCCGCGUUAUGUAGGGUUUGUAGCUAGCUCUGCAUGCUCUCCAUUUGGACUGUGCCAAGUUAGUGCGGUUGGUUUAAUGGUUUUCUCUAGACACAAUUGAGUCGAUGGCGUCAUAGUGACGCUGCUGGGUCGUUCUGAUCACUGGAGCGCACUUCGGCAGUUUAUCAAUAGUGUUCGAGGAAGUGCUGAUAACCAGUUGAAGGAAAGCAAAAUGGAUCUAAAUUUCAAGUGUCCCCUCUGUGACACCUACUUCUCUACGCAGGAUGACCUCAAGGAACAUGUGAAGGCCAGUCAUACUUCCUAUUACUACGAUACCUACCUAGCGCCUCCGCUGCUUAUUUAUCCCAGCGAAACCGCGGUGCUUACAACGGGAGCAACGGACACUGUUAUCACCACUGAACCGAUCGUAACAGAGGAAGUUACUGUUGAGCCGGUGGUUGUUGAGGAUGAUGGAUGUUGCGAGUGCGAUUGUUGCUGUUGCUCAGAUGGAAAUGGUGUGUCUGAUGGCGGCGCGGAUUGUGACUGUGACUGUGACUGUUGUGGAGAUUGUGUUAUAAUGUAGGUCAGGAUAAGUGCCAAUUCCAGAUACUAUCGAAAUAGUGUACAUGCUCCGAAACAGUGCUCCCGCAAAUGUUCAUGCUUUUAAUCGCCACGUGCAUUGAUAUUGCUGCACACAUGGUGUUUUGAUAAAUUUUUAUGGAAUGUUAAUGUAUAUAAUAAAGUUUCUGUGAAUGUUCUUGGU